AUGCCUCCAGAAGAUGAUGAUCAUCAAGUACCGAAAACACCAUUAGAAUUAAAUGUGAUACCUCGUUCAAAAACUAGCGUCUUAUUACAAUGGAGUGAUGAAGAGUAUCCCAAAUCGAUUCAUUUACCAACGUCACGCCGUUAUAAAAUUCAUAUAAAUGAAUUAUACAAAGGUCAAAUAAGAAAACAAGAAGAGUUGACAUCGAAUGAACAAUCAUUAUUAAUUGAAAAUUUAAAACAAUUAACAAAUUAUGAAUUUGCUGUUAAAACAAUUGAUAAUGAUUUGGAAAGUGAUUAUAGUUUAUCAAUAGAAUAUGCAAAUGCGAUAUAUUCACCAAAACAAUUUAAUAUCGUUACAAACGAUGCAUCAGAUCCAUUCAAAGUGGCACUCACAUGGCAACCACCCGAUGAUUCUGAUGGAAUCCGAUCUUACAUUAUUUAUUAUGUUGAUCAGAGCAACAACCACCAACAGCAAGUAACAACAAAUUCAGAUAUAACAGAAACGAUUAUCUCAAAUUUGAAACCAAAUACAAAAUACCUAUUCAAAAUUGUUUCAAAAAAUCGAUUUAAUGACGAAUCUCCACCUGAAACAAAAAUUUAUAAAACGCCAACAAUUCUAGAUGCAUCCUAUCCAAAUGGUGAUAAUGCUGAAAGUGAUAAACCUGUUAAAUAUGCAAAAGAACAACGGGGUUUUAUAUUGAUAACAAAUAGCACUUGGUUAUUAAUCCUAGCUGUUGCUGGUGUAGCCAUUUUAUGUAUCAUCUUAUUUAGUGUUAUUUCAUGUUUUUGUUGUCGACGUUCAAGUAAAACGAAACUUCAACGACGUUUCUCUGCUACGAGUAACACAAAUCUAAACACGAAUACAGCGUCAUCCAUAACUAAACCGGCAGAUUUAUGGACUGGUGCUGGUCAUUCUUUGAUACAUGACAAUAAUCAUAAUUCUGGAACAACAAAUAAUAGUAUUGAACGACAUUAUGACGGAAGUACAGGUAGUAAUGGAACUAUGCAACGAUGUCAUCUUUAUCAACAACAUGAAAUUCAACCACUCACGGAUGCCCAUAAUUUACAACAACGACAUUCAUAUGUACCUUCAAAUGAUGGUUCCAGUAGCACUACUGAAUUAUUAACAACAAACAACAAAAUGACUAAUCAACGUUCAAGACCAAUAGCAGUACCAUAUGAUCAAACAUUACAGGCGAAAGAUCGAAAAUCAAUGAAAAAUUUACCCAUGGCAGCCGCCUUUCCAGUGCCCAACACACUUUUAAAUACAAUGCUUGGCGAUCGUCAACCACAGCAGCAUUUUCAACAACAACCGUUUACUGUAAGACCUGUUCAACAAAAAGUUCAAUAUAUUGCUAGACCAAAUGAACAUUCAAUUGGCCCUGCGCCGUCACCUCCCGACUAUCAAUAUUCACCAUCGAUAAGUAGUAAUCACAGUAAUAUGAAUAAUAAUCCACAUUCAAUGAUUCAAUCGACAACUGGCGGUAUUUACGACAAAUUAAUGGCUAAUGAUCUUAUAGCAAAUGGUCAACGAACAUUAUUGUUAUCAUCAAAACCGAAUCUAAGAAGUUUCACAGUGCCUGCCGCUCCACCAGUCAUUCCAUCUCCACCCCUUCAAAAAGAACAAAUUCAUGUUCAAUCAAAUAUCCAAGAUAAACUACCAUUUCGUAGUCCAAAUAGAGCGGCACUAGGUACUUAUCCAAAAAGUUUAUAUAUAAAACAGGCUCGUGAUGGCAUGAAAUCUACAGACAAUUUGACUGAAAAGAAGUUUUUACCUAACGAAUCGUCCGACGUUAAUCCCAUUGCAUUAGAGGAAUUUGAAAAAGAUUUACAUGAGUUAGUUGCUAGAGAUUUUAAUGUUCGUAAACAACAAUAUAACUUUUAA